CAGUCACACUAUAGGUGUCUCAGAAGGAUGACUUCGUAGGUUUUCUGGUUGGUUCAGGAUAAAUGAGUGUCAUGAAAAUGAAAUGAAUGCAUAAUUUGUGAAGUGCGCAUAGUAUUUUAUUGUUUUACAAGUGACAAAAUAGAACGAUGUCAAACGAUACUUUAAAGUCGGAAAGAGCUUUCGAACAGUUAGGACUGCCGCCGAUGGAAUUGGCGGAGUCAAUUGCAAUCCGUCGAGAUGCCAACUCAGUACAGAAAUAUGUCUGCUCCUUCAUAAUAAAACUAGUUUGCUUGAUGUUAUUAGUUUUAUUUGCGGUAGGCGCUUACAUUAUAAUAGUUCGGAUAUUUCAAAGUACAGAAAAUAGCCGCAACACAGAAAUUGUCAUUGUAUCUAACCAAAAAACUACGAACAUCACUGUAGAACAAAAUGAUGUUGAGAUUUACAUCAGAUUAAAAAAUAAAACAAAAUACCCCAGUUCAAAGCGAAAAAGAAGAAGUGCUAUCAACUACAAAGAAUCAAGUCCUGAUUUAAAAGAAUUUGACGAUGUCACUUUUAGGAAAGCUAGAGAUAUCAUUAUAAAACAAGAUACUAUAUGUAAUAAAGAUAAUAAAGAUGAAAUCUGCAAGGAUCUUGUUUUAAAGUUAAACUCUUUAAAUGAAAACGAGAAAGAAUCGUUUAUGUCGGAUAAUUUACAAGCCUACGAUAACAACAAGGAAGUCACGAAGCGUGAAACACGUCCUACAACAAUAAAACACUAUAAGCCGAGAUCAACAGUCAGUAUUGCUACGGAAAGGAAAGCUUUUGGAGAUGUAUCACAUGGUGUUCUUCCUGCUCCGACUUCUCUUCCUUAUUCCCAACACCAAAACUUUGCACCGGCGCCAAUACCGUUUACAAAUCUGCUGAAAAAUCAUCCCCAACAUCUAGGGGGCUACGAGAUUCCACCUCAACAUUCUCCACUUUACAAUGCGUAUCAACCGCUAAGACCCAGUGUUAUUCAGUCACCAUAUUCAGAAACCCAGGAUUUGAAAUCAGGAGCAGAACGAGAUACUUGGCAUCCACAAGAUUUAGAUAUAUGGCGGAAUUUUUUGGAACCUCGACCCAAUAUGGCAAAUCCAUCAAUAUCUUCAACACGUGAAAACAAUUGUCCUGCUGGCUCCAUUGCAUGUGCUAGUGGUGAUACUUGCGUGCCUGAAAAGCAAUGGUGUGACGGAAAAGUAAAUUGUAAUGACGCUAGCGAUGAGAUGCAGUGCAGUUGCAAGUCUAGAGUCGAUGUUUCUAGACUGUGUGAUGGAUAUUUUGACUGUCCUUUUGGGGAAGAUGAAAUGGGAUGUGACGGGUGCAGCGAAGAUUCAUUUAGCUGUGGUGACAACAAUGUGGAAAAUGUAGCCACUUGUUUUUCCAAAGAGCAAAGAUGCAACAACGUACGAAACUGUCCUAAUCACAAAGAUGAACUUGAAUGUAAUUUGUUAGCUCCCAGUCUGCAUGAUAAGCCCUUAUUUGCAGUUUCAAACACCGAAGGAUUUCUAAUGAGGAACUAUAAAGGAGAUUGGUACGCAGUGUGCAGAAACCCGUACGGUUUAGCUCAUGAUGCCUGCCGUCGGGAAACUGGCCUAAUAAUAAGGCCUCCAUUUAUACAAAUAGUUCAAGUAGAUCCAUUAUCCAGGGUUAACUAUUUGAAUAUAGGUCAGGGUGGGCUGAUGCAUAUAAGUGGUACAUGUAUGAAUUCCUCGGCGGUAUAUGUGACUUGCCCAGAUCUUUUAUGCGGCACGAGGGUGUUGACGUCGUCUCAAUUACUAAGAGAGGAUUUGUCUACAGAAAAUAGAUUAUUCGGUCGAAACAAAAGAUUGUCGUCAGUAAAAAGUUGUCCAUACCAUUCUACGUUCUACAAUAAUCGUGUAAAAAGGCACGAUGAAAACAGUCCCAAAACAAGUUUUAAACAUUUCAAUUCCUUAUAUGAAUUCGUACAAGCAAGCAAUAUGAGCAAAGAGGGUAAUAGAUACAAAAGGACACAGAGUAGAGUAGUUGGUGGGAAGGCUAGCCAGCCUACUGCUUGGCCUUGGAUGGUAGCAAUGUACAGAGACGGCAUGUUCCACUGCGGUGGAGUCGUUAUAACACAAAGUUGGGUCAUGUCAGCAGCCCAUUGCGUCCACAAAUUUUGGGAACACUACUACGAAGUGGAAGUCGGCAUGCUUCGCCGCUUCUCAUUUUCACCCCAGGAGCAGAACCAUCGCGUCAGCCACAUCAUCGUUAAUCACAAAUACGACCGUGUUGAUAUGAAGAACGACUUAUCACUGCUGAAAGUAGAGCCGGCUAUGCUGUUUAGCCGAUGGGUUCGUCCGAUUUGCCUGCCGGGACCGGAAACUGCAGGACCGGAGUGGCUGUGGGGACCGCCGCCGAAGACGCUAUGCACGGCGGUGGGAUGGGGCGCAACGGUUGAACAUGGGCCUGAUCCUGAUCAUAUGAGGGAAGUGGAAGUGCCGGUAUGGGAGAAAUGCAAACAUCGCGAGGAUAGAGUUGGGAAAGAAAUAUGUGCGGGACUUAGCGAAGGGGGCAAGGAUGCUUGUCAGGGUGAUAGCGGGGGACCACUUCUCUGCAGAAACCCUCUGAAUUCGCAACAAUGGUACAUUGCCGGAAUCGUAAGUCAUGGAGACGGCUGCGCUCGUAAAGAUGAGCCCGGGGUUUAUACUCGGGUCAGUCUCUUUGUAGAAUGGAUUCGAUUUCAUAUUUUUUCAAAAACACUUCCUAAAAUUCAACCUAAAACAGAAUGUCCGGGCUUCAAAUGCAUCACUGGAAUAUUUAAAUGUCUUCCAAACAAACGAGUAUGUGAUAAGAUUAUUGACUGCUUAGGAGGAGAAGACGAAGCUGAUUGUGCUUCUAUGAGAUCUGCAGAUAAGUCGAAGGAAAUAAAAGAUGACACUGUAAGCAAUAAUGAAUCUAACGAUAAUCAUGAUGUAGAAAUACAAAGACAAUCAAAUAACACGGCACAAGUAGGCAAUGAUUUUACUAAUGAUCUGCCUUUUGCGUCGACUGUCGAAAUACCUAAAAGUUCAGAAUCCGAUAGCAACGAAGAUGAUUCUCAUGAAAAUAUGACGGAAGAUCCUACUAGCACUCCUCUUAAUACAAACGGUGAAGUAAGUCGUGGUGAUACUACGUCAGCUUCUCAAGAAUCGUUAAGGAGGUCAAUAAAUAACGACGAUUUAAUGUUUGAGAAAAAUAGCAAAUUUAGAGAGUCUGACAUACCAGAAGAUCUGCCUUUUACAAAUACACCUACUGAAAUGGACUCUUCUACUAGUAUUUCAACUUUCGCAAUUGAAGAUGAAUUUAAUAAAAUCGGAGAAACAACAUUGGCUUCGCGGAUCGAAAAUAAAGAGAUACCUGAAAUACCUACAACGGAUAAAACGGCAGACGUAAAUACUCCUACUGAGUCAAAUAUCACUCCAGUCAUUGAUGAACAAAAAGUAGUUGAAUCUAAAUCACUAGACAUUUCAAGAUCUAACACAACUACCAAUACGGUAGAAAAUAAUGCUCUUAUUAAAUCUAAUCUAAACACACCAAUCGAAGAACAAAAAAUAAAUAAUUCAAUACCACGUCCACAAAAUUUGAGUAUUCCGAUCUUUUCUACCAAUAAUACUGAAUCGCCUGGAAGAGAACUCCCUGAUGCUAUAGUAGAAAAAAUAGAAGACAUUAUUUCGUCUGAAUUUCAUGCAAUGAAAAUAAAGAAAAAGCUAAUUACUCCAAAAGAAUACCAAUGUCGUAGUAUUUCACAGCGUAUUCCAUACCGUCAACGCUGUAAUCACAAAGCCGACUGCGAAGAUGGCACUGAUGAACUGGAAUGCUCAUGUGUCGAUUAUCUACGAGCAUUCGACGAUAAAUUAAUAUGUGAUGGAGUAUAUGACUGUUUAGACGGAGCAGACGAAAUAGAUUGCUAUGGAUGCGAUAAGGAUCAUUUUCUGUGCCACCAUAGUACAAUUUGUCUUCCUUCAAAAUACGUAUGCGAUGGGAAACCACAGUGUCCAUUCGGAGAAGAUGAACAAAAUUGCUAUACACUUUCGAAUGGAAAAAACGUAAUAUUCGAUUUUGAUGGAAGCCCUGUAAUCAAUCUCGAAGGCUAUCUAACACGAAAACAGAAAAACGACUGGCAUAUUUUGUGCGAGGACAAUUUAUCAAUAGAACAACAAGAACUCGAAGCAAACCACGCUUGCCGAUAUUUAGGUUUUAGCUCCGCUAAUAGAUAUCAGCCGAAAUAUAUUAACAUUAAAGAAAAUUACAAAUUACGAUCAACAAUUAACGAAAGAACCAAACGCCACUCUUUAGAAAAGGCGCCUAUUCAAUUUAUGUACAGACAAAGUAACGAUGAAAAUGAAACAGCUAGACACCUAGUUAUUAAAGAGCCUCAAGUUAUGAAAGAACACUGUGUGCCCAAUAUAACAAAACUAUGUAUGUCACUGUACGUUUUUUGUGACUCUUCACUGGUUGAUAACCUUGUAGACAACUCUCAAGAACUUCAAUUAGUCCGAUCAGCCAACCCCGUCGCUAAACAAAUGUGGCCAUGGAUAGCAAAAAUUUAUGCAGAAGGUUACUAUAAAUGCACCGGAAUUUUACUGGAUCUAUCAUGGGUAUUAGUAAGCCACUCGUGUUUGUGGGAUUCAAUGUUAGGACAUCACUAUAUAACGGCUGUGUUGGGAUCGCCCAGAACUAUAAGAUCAAGUCCUGGUCCCUAUGAACAAGUUCACAUGAUUGACGGAAAAGUAGAAUUAUAUCAUAUUCGAUCCACACUCUUACACUUGGCAGAACCUGCAAAAUACUCUAGCUUGGUUAAACCUAUGACACUUCCAUCCAUCAAUGAGAUCGAUGAAGAAGGUAAACACUCAGUAUGUGUCGCUGUAGGUCAAGAUAGUAACAACAAUACCAUUAGCGUCUUUCUAGAAGAGACAACUAAGAACUGUUCGGCCCAAUACAGGUGUUUUGUUCGCGAUAUGAAAACAGAAAUAUGUCCGGAAGGAAUGUCCGUACGUCGCCAAUGGGCGGGACUUAUAAGUUGUCAUUCAGAACACGGCUGGCGUCCCGUAGCUACGUUUGUAGAUGACCGAGGAGAAUGUGGACUUGGAGACAGAAUUUUAGCAAGCGAUUUACAAAACCUGAGACGCGAACUAAAAGUUAACUUUGCAAAGUUCAACGUAACCGAAACUAACACCGAAGAGUGUCACGGGCAACGCUGCAGCCGCGGUCAGUGCAUAGAUUUGAAACAAGUGUGCGACGGGGUGAAGGACUGCGCUGAUGCCGCGGACGAGUCGGCGGUAGCGUGUGAGAGAAAACAGCGGAUUUGCAGGAACGACCCGUAUCUUGGGGGAUGCGAAUGCAAGACCGGCGAAUUAAAGUGCAACAACGGCCGAUGCGUAUCAAAGGAGUUAUUCAAGGAUGGCGAGGACAACUGUGGAGACGGCACCGACGAGCCUGGGCAGACCAUUUGCUCCGACUAUCUGUCCAUGGUCAUGCCAUCGCGGCUAUGCGACGGCAUUCUGCACUGCCACGACAGGAGCGACGAGGAUCCCAAGUUUUGUAAAUGUCAUUCGAAGGAGAAUCACAGGUGCGGAGCAAGUUCAAGCAGCAAAGCGGAAUAUUGUGUGGCCCACGACAUGGUGUGUGACGGAGUAAGAGACUGCCCCAACGGAGAGGAUGAGAUGUCUUGUCUCGGUCUAACUGCUCAGGAAUUUGCCCCGAAGGGCACAGGCAUAGUGACAGUUUUAUCACACGGUGUCUGGCACGCGAAAUGCUACGACAGACCAACACACACUCGCUUAGAACUCGAACACAUCUGCAGAGAACUAAACUACUUCAGUGGCCACGCGAAACAACUGAAAAUGCCAGAGAACCACGAAUACCUGCACACGAGUAUUGUCUUAGAACCCUUCAAUGAGCUUGUACUUAAUAAUAAGACUAAAAUCAAAAUGCGAAAUACUGACACCCCUAUUGCCAGAGCUAUAAUGGAUAAUAUUGGCAACAAACAAUGUUAUUUACUCAAUAUCGAAUGUCGUUAAAUUAAAAUAUAGGUA